AACUCCUCAGUCACUGUUUUGACCGGAAUGAGUUUUGGUUGAAUGGAAAACAUUCCCAACCGAGUUUUUAUUGACAGCGUGACUGUGACGUUUUCAUAAAAACGGAGCUCGUCUGAUUUUGAAAAUAAAAAUAAGGGAAAAGUGAAAGCAAUAAGAACGAAAUAGUUUUUUUCUUCUUCGCCGGGAGGAAAAAAAAACUUUUGACGGAAAACGUUUUCUUUUAAAAAUGCUGAAAUAGUGAAAAGAGGAAGAUUUUUCUCAGCUUUUUCAUACUUUUUGUGCAAUUCUCUUUUAAUCUUUUACAUUUCCGUAAGAGAUUUUUACGGUUAAAUAAUGAAAUAGAUUUUUGAAAAGAAACUAAAAACACUUAUUCGUUGUGGAAUUUCUGUGGGAAAAACAUUCAGUUAAAUGUACUUAGACAAAUGAAAAAUGGAGACCAACUGGAUAAUUAAAAGAAGUUGGAUUUUUAUCAUGAUUGGAUUAGGAUUCGUAAAAGGAAAACUUGUAUUCCGCAAUCCUCUUCAUGAGCCCAGAGUAUAUGAAGGAGCACCCCCUGGAAUAAAAGUGACCACUGUCCAAGCAUAUGAUCCUGGUCGAAAAACUGUAACUUACAACUUGUUAGAUGUCCGAGAACAUACUUACUUUAGCAUGGACUCUGCAUCGGGAAAUAUCUCAACGUCUAAGACAAUCGAUAAAAAAGUCGGUGAUAUUUAUGAAAUUAUUGCCGUUGCAAUCAGCCAAGGAGAAACCAAACUACGCCAACUUCAAAUUACUGUUACAGAAUUCAACAUCCAUCCGCCAGUGUUCGAGCAUGAUGUCUAUCGAGGUGAACUGCAUGUUCGAUCAAAAGUAGGUUCAUCUGUCCUCAAAGUUAAAGCCAAAGAUGAGGACACAAUUCCAUAUAAUACAGAAGUGUUCUACAAAUUGGAUCAUCCAGAGGACCCAAGAGGUCGCUUCAUAAUUGAUCCGCAAUCUGGUGUCCUGACUUUAGCAAAGUCACUUGAAUCUGGAACUUCAGAGCCUGUGGUCGAGUUGGGAGUAACAGCUGUCGAUGGUGGAUCACCUCAGCGAACGGAUUAUGCGAGAAUUGAAAUAUUGGUCAAGACAAUAUCAGAACCGAGAGGUGUACGUGCCGCAAAUGCAACAGGUUCUACUGUUCAAGUUUGCUGGACUCGCCCAGAAUAUGGCCAAGUCUUGGGAUACAUUGUUAAGUACAGGGAAGUUCAGAAUCCUCACGGGGCGCCCUCUUUUCUAAACAUAACCUCUGAUGCAACAUCGAAAUGCUCAACGCUUGUUGAAUUGAAACCCUGGACAGAUUAUGAGUUUCGUGUGUACGGCUGGAAUAGAUUCGAAACUGGUCAAGGAAGUACUGUGGGCAGCUUUGGAACUAGACCUGAUUAUUGCCAAAUUAACAUCUGCCAGCACGGUAAAUGCCAAAUCCUGAACGAAGAGCCAGGUUACCAUUGCAAAUGUGAUGACGGGUAUUUCGGAGAAGUCUGCGAUAAGUUCGAUCCUUGUUCCCUCACCCCAUGCGAGAAUUUCGGAAAAUGCUGGAACAUAUCGAGUAACAAAUAUCGCUGCGAAUGUUUGCCUGGAUUCUCCGGUGAAAACUGCAGUGAAUUCAAUCCAUGUGCUAUACGACCGUCACCCUGCUUACAUGGUGGGAGAUGUGAGAGUACCUCCAGUCAUAAGUAUCAGUGCUACUGUACUAAGGGUUAUUAUGGCAAGACAUGCCAGUUCUUCGAUCCUUGUUCUUUAGAUCCGUGCCAAAAUGGUGCAAAAUGCCAAAAUGCAUCGCAAGAAGAGUAUGUUUGUAGAUGUGUUGCUGGAUUUGCUGGUAAACAAUGUGAGAUAGAUAUAGAUGAAUGUGCAUCAUCUCCAUGUAAACAUGGUGCAACAUGCAGAGAUGGAAUAAACGCAUACCAUUGUCGUUGCUCUCCGGGCUAUAAAGGAAAACGAUGCAAUAUUGUUGAACACUGUCCUCCUCACACAGUUCACAGCAAUAAAGGGGUGUUCCGCUGGAAUUCUACCUCCCAUGGGAGGGCUCAGCUGAUCGAGUGUCCUUUCGGCUCAACAUACCCUGACCGGGAAUCCGCCACUGGAUAUGCCAGGAGGCGCUGUUACCUUCUGUCCAACGGAUCAGUGUCCUGGGGACGAACAGAUCUCAGCAGCUGUCGAGAAGAGGGUUUUAAAAAUGCAGAAGAUCUAACUGGUGAACUGUGGGUACUUACAGAAGAUCCUCGGCAUCUAAACGUCGAACGUCUUCACGAAGCCACGAAGCAAAUUGAAGGAGUUCUGGAAUAUGCUCUUUAUGACAAAAAAAUCGCCCAUAACAUGUUAUCAAUAGUGAGUAAUAUGUUAGCAAUCAAUGAAUCUCUAUUAUGGACAGGCGACCAUAAUGGAACAGCUGUUACUAGGAUAACGGAUUUGGUGGAUAAAUUUGCAUCGGAAGUAAACUUAGAGAAGGGUGAAGACAUUCAAUUGGAGACGGAGAACCUGGUGGUCAAGGCUGUGUCCUGGGAUCCGGAAUCUAAUGGCCUUAAUGGAGAGGACUUGACCUUCUCUGUCCACUACCAGGCACGACAAAGAAGAGAAUAUACGAGUAAAGGAAGAUAUAGGCCAUUACCUCCUUCGCAAUCUUUCUGGGAUGAGGAGAAGUCAUCAUUUUAUAAUGACGCUGAAUUGACAAUUCCUGUCGAAGCACUUCUGUUGGCCCAAAACCAAACAUAUCAGGAGCUUAGAGUUAAAUUCGUAGCCUACAAAAACGAUAAGUUUUUCCGAGAAAAGUCAUCAGCCAGGUGGCAACUAUGCUACGACCGCGACAACUAUCGAAGAAGAUAUAAUUGUCUUUAUACCGGUACAUCAGGAUAUCCAGGUCGCCGAGUACUUCAAGCCAGUAUAUUGAAUGCCACAAUUACUAAUCUUUCAACGCCUUUAAUGUAUGUAAUGCCAUCACCGGCCAAUGUAAGAGUUUAUUGCACAUAUUGGAAAGAACAUGAACGUGUAUGGUCAACGGAUGGAUUGAUUACAAAUCAAAGUGGAAAUUCUACAUUAUGUUUAUCUUCUCAUAUGACAUCUUUCUCACUGUUAUUUGAUCCGUCUCCAAAUGAAGGAAUCAACCCUGAUCACUAUUUCACUCUCUCAAUAAUUUCUUAUGUUGGCUGUGGAUUAUCUAUGCUUGGACUUACAUUGACUAUCAUAACUUAUUCUUUAUUCAGAUGUUUAAAUCGGGACCACCCGGGUCAAAUUCUGAUACAACUUUGUAUAUCCAUGCUUAUGAUGAAUACUGUAUUCGUACUUGGAUCACAAAGAGGUAGUAUUUUAGGUGGUAUAGAUGUUUGCGUUACGGUCGCAAUUUUGAUACACUACUUCUUGCUGGCAACACUAACCUGGAUGUGCGUUGAAGCUAUUAAUAUGUAUCAGCUCCUUAUCCACGUCUUUGCAACUUCUGAAUCACAUUUCAUGCUGAAAAGAUCAGUUCUCGCUUGGGGUAUACCUUUCAUUGUUGUUGGAAUAACGGUGUUGAUGGACUGGGAGGUUUACUACAAUCAAAAUGAAUAUUGUAUGUUGUCAGCUGCGAAUCCAUAUGUCUAUUACAUCAGCUUUUUGGGUCCAUCCUGCCUCAUCUUAUUCAUCAAUCUGACAGUAUUUCUUAUGGUCAGCAGGGUACUUUUCACCCCAAGAAACGUAUCAGCUAAAAAACCUCCACAAUGCACUAAAAAAGAUAAGUUCCUCGUUACCACGGCCCAAGUUAAAGGAGCCUUUACAGUCAUGGUCCUCCUCGGAGUUUCAUGGGUGUUUGGUGCUUUUGCUGUUGGUUCCGCUAGACUUGUCUUUCAGUACAUAUUCUGCAUUUCUAACUCUUUGCAAGGUUUCCUCAUAUUUUUAGUUAGAUGUUUACAAUAUCCAGAAGCCAGAAGCGCCUGGUAUCAGUUACUGAAAACAGGUACUUUCAAGAAGUACAGAGGAAUGGCACCUCCAGGAAGUUGGUCUGGUAACUCAAAUUCAGCGCAUAAUAAACAAAAUGGCCAGUCUACAACUACCCGACUUGGUAGUGCCGACAUGACCAAUACAGGACCUUUCAAUACUAACGCUUUUUGGGGUGAAAAGGGAGCACUUCCAGCUGACGUAACAGCAAAUGUGAAAGAUGAUUAUUGUGACGUAGGAUAUGAUGAUCCAAUACCUGCUAUACCAUCUGAUGUUGUCUUAGAAUAUGCCAUAACUCACAGGGGGUCGGCGCAAUUGUUAACCUUCAGCAGCAGCGGGAACACCCUUAAAAGCACAGCUAGUAAGGAAGACAAAGCCAGACGAGGUUCAAAAAACAAGAGCAUCAGCAGAUCGAACUCGGAAUCUUCUCAAGAUCAUUCUAAGAUUGGAAGUGACCAGUUAGGAUCUGAAGUCACAAGCAGUCACUAUACGUUUGGCUUAAGUCCCGCAGUGGUGGUCGAAUCAACAGACAGUGACCAUGAAGAUAAAAACUCUUAUCAGGAAGCAGUUAGCAAUGACAUUACUUCUUCCAAAGACACCCAAAAUAGCUCUCUGCCAGCAGAACCAAAAAGCAGGAGUUCGUAUGGAUCUUCUAUUGGAUACAUAGAUGACGAGGCUGAGUUGAGGGACAAAAUAGCUGCCAACACACUAGAUCGCAAACUAUAUGCUUCGAAAGCUUCGACCAUAUUUGGACAUGUAAAACCGGAUUCCCCUCCUGAUCUAGACAAGCAGAACUCGUGGCCUAGAACUUUAAGUUCAUUUUUAGGGGGUAAAGAGCCAGCUAAAUAUGCAGUAUCAGAUAUUAGUAGUGCCAACCAAAAACGUUCUCCGAAUGUUGCGGAUAUUCAAGAUCGCCAUACUUGCCAAUCUAUACCCCUUCAAGUUAGGCCAACAUCAUCAGUUAUGCCUGUGUACUCGCCACCUAUUAGGGAGAGUGAAUUUACCCGCUUAAGUCCAAGUAUUCAUUCUCCACUAUCUGAUAGGUCAAUUGGAGACAUGUCUCAUCAUCAUAUCCACCAUCAUCACCAUGGUUUGCCAGACAUGUAUUCCCACGUGGUACCUCCACCUCCAAUCAGGGGGUGGCAAAUAAGUCCAGUGGGAAGUGGUGAUGUAAUUGAUGGUAAAGAAAGUGAAGUGUCGAUAUCUGGUCCUGAAACACAUGUGUUCGUGCCACAGUCACUGGCAGUGAAUAGUCAAAAACCAGUUCAUGAAGGCAUCCCUCCAGACCAAGAAACUUUCAGAAUAUGGGAGAGACAAGGCUUAGUCUCCCCCAGCGAAGCAAUGCUGAAAGAUUCGGCCGCUUCUAGACUCUAGAACAACUGAAUGUGUGUGAUAUGCUUCUCAAAAUUACAUUUCGGUAUUAUUGUAAUUCUAUACGUAAAUGGUGAUACAAACAAUUUAAGACAGUCAUAUACUGGAUCAUAAUUAGUUGAUCGUACAAUUUCAAACUCCUGUAGUUUGAAGUCGAUGCAUUUUUUCGGUGACAUUCACUGUCAUUAUUUUCUGAAAAACCUUUUUUUAUAAUUGUAGAUCUUGAACUAAAUAGUUGUCUUUUUACCACUCUUUCCUAUCAUGAUUUUUUUCUAUUUUAUAAUGUUUUUGUUACAAAUAUUAAUGUUGUCAAUUUUUUCUUCAUUAUUUUGGUCUACUUAAAGGAGAUUGCAUUAAUCUCAAAGUUUUUUUCAAUACUAAUUGUAUGAUAUCAUAAAAUACAUUUUUGUGCAGGAUGUAAUGUAACAACCACCCCUUAUAUAUAUAUUUUUAAAAUUCUUGUAAAGUAAUAUGCAUAUUGUGGGUCACAUAUUGAUAAGCCGUGAAAAAUAAAAAUAUGGUGAGUUACUAUUUGGUGAAUUACUAAGUGGUCAGGAUAAAUGCAUAAGAAGUAGCUUGAUUCUUAGAUAAAACUGAAAAACUUCUCUAAUAAUCACCAUUCACCACGUUUAGGUACCAUCUGACAUUCAGAAUUGUUUUAAUUUUUUGACUUCGAUAAUAAUUCGCCACAUUUGGAUAAGGUUUUAUUUUUAUUAAACUAGUUUAAGUCUUUAAAAAACUGAAAAGCGUCUCGAAUAAUCGCUAUUUAUCGUACUUAGGUAAUAUCAAGCAUUCAAGCUUGUUUUGGUCUUAUUAUUGACUUCAAUGAUGAUGCUCCAUAUUUUGAUAAUGUUUUUACUUUUCCUAACCUAAAAAUUAAAACGUGACCUAUAGUGUGAAUAAUCUAUUACUUCAUUUUCAGCAAGAAUUCUUAUAAUCUCAUUUGAUCAAAAAUAACUGACUAACUUUUAAAAAUUUGGUCACUUAACAAAAUUGCAUGAAUUUUAGAUGUUUUAAAAUUAUUUUCCUUUCAAUAUUGGUAAUUUUACAAUAUAAAUUAAUUUCAAGUGAAUGUUACUGUAUAAUACAAAAUCCGUUUAACAAUAGAACAUUACAUGAAAAGCAAUUGAAACAAACUAAUUUUCAUUAAAUAUGAUCAAUUAAAAAUUGAAAACUGUGAUACAUAAAUGAAAAUAUUCUAUUUCUUUUUGAUCAAUUAUGGAAUUUCUUCGAAACCCUAAAUUUCAGUCAAUUUGAACACUUUUUUAAUAAUCUUAGCGGUGUAUUACGAGCUUUGCAAUAACCCGAGGACAUAUUAAACCGGUAAUGCACAAAUGUUGGUGAACAGACCACAUAAGGAAUUGUUGAUAAACACUUUUGUCAAAAAAUAUUUAAUUUCAACUACAAAACAAAAACUUCAAAAAUAUUUUAUUAAUCGUAACAUUUGUAUGAGUUCUAUUUGAACUUUUAAUCUCAGAAAUCUUUAAUAAAUGUAUUUCCCUUUUAAGGAAUUGCAAACCA